AUGAAGGACUUGAACCACAGCAAGAUUAUAAAUGCAACUAAAGUACAAAUAACGAAACCAGUCUCUGAUACAGUAACUAAAUUGGUACAAGGAAGUGUGUCAAAUGAUUCUGUUGAAGACUGUAUUAUUAAACAUUCGUGUAAAAAUUGUGGAACUUGUUAUGAAGGUUACUCUGAAGACCAAGCACAGAAAUUUUUAGAUACUCACUCCAAAAAACACCUAAAUAAAUGCCCACAAUGUUCUAAGACAUUUAUUGAAGUCAGUAAACUUUUAAAUCAUAUUAGAAUUUACCAUAAACAAUAUAAUUGCGAUCAUUGUCGCUUUAUUACAUUAAUUAAGUCUGAAAUGAUUGAACAUUUAGCUUUAAAGCAUACUGAAAAAAAGAGAUUUAUGUGCAAGGGUUGUUAUAAACAACAUCAAAAUCUUAGUGAACUUAAGAGACAUGUCUGUACAAAUGAUCAAACUGGACUUUGUCAAUAUUGUGGAUACAAAAGCAAAAAUUUAAAUUCUCUACGUUGGCAUGUACGAACAUAUCAUACGGAACGUAACUUUGUGUGUUCAAUUUGCAAUAAAAGUAUGGCAACCCAAGUUGGCUUAACUCUGCACAUGCAUCAUCAUGAAAAUCCGCGGCCAAAAAUCAGCGGAUAUAUAUGCGAUGUUUGUGGAAAAGAUUUCAAAGAGAAAAGUACUCUUAAAAUGCAUAUGGUUACUCAUACUGGUGAAAAACCUUUAAAGUGUUCAGUAUGCGGUACUAGAUUUGCUAAACGGGAGACAUUGCGGCAACAUCUCUUAACUCAUACAGGAAAGAGACCAUAUAGUUGUGAUAUUUGUGGUAAAAGGUUUGUUCAAAAACCAGCUCUGACGUGCCAUCGAAAAUCUCAUCCAGGAGAUCAUCCACCUUUACCAAAAGUUUACAUAGAUUCUUACAUUAAAGAAGUCGAUCCAUCUAUGGUUCACGAUUUUACUGUACCUGUGCCUGAGCUUAAAAUUGAGUCAAAAACUUUUCUAGACUUUAGUUCUAAAUGUCGACGGAGUGUGAACGGGAAAAGGCUAAAGAAGGGUCACAAGUGUAUAAAGUGUAAUGCUCAUUUUUCUCAUAUGACAAAACUCGUGGUACACUUGAAGAAUGAGCAUAGGAUUGAGAACGCUUUUAAAUGCGACGAAUGUGGUAAAACAUUUAAAACUCCGAUGAACAUUAGACGACACAAGCUCAUACAUACUGGUAAUAAACAAUUUUCUUGUGAUAUAUGCUCUUAUGCGAGUAAUCAAAAAUCAAAUGUAGAUCAACAUAAGAAGAGACACUUCAAAGAGUUUGGUUUCAAAUGUAAGAUAUGUGAAAAAGGUUUCGUCGUAAAAGCAGAGUUGGCUGAGCACGAAAAUAUUCAUGUAAACCAAAAAUUUAAAUGUAAAAUAUGUAAUAAGAAGUAUUCGUAUAAAAGAAAUUUAACAGCUCACAUGAAUACUUAUCAUCCAUCAACUUUGAAGGAAAAUUACCAAUGUCAUUUAUGUCCCGAAAAAUUCAUCUCUUCACUUCUUCUACAAAACCAUAAGAAAAAACAUAAAAAUAAAAGAACUUUAGAGUUCUUAUGUGAAUUAUGUGGAACAAGAGUUUCGAGCAAAAAAGCUCUAGAAAUUCAUGAAAGACGGCAUACAGGAGAAAAAAUUGUUAGUUGUAAUAUUUGCAAAAAAGGAUUCAGUUGUAAGGCCAAUUUAAAAAUUCAUCAGAGGGUACAUACAGGAGAGAAACCUUAUACAUGUAACGAAUGUGGUAAAGAUUUUACUCAAAGAACAUCAUUGAUCAUUCAUCUACGUUAUCACACUGGUGAAAGACCUUACUGGUGUACGAUAUGUGCUAGAGGUUUUGUUGCAAAGAAUAUUCUUACAAAACAUCAACAAAUUCAUGAUUAA